AUGACCGACGUUCGAAGAAAGCUCGUCAUUGUCGGCGACGGCGCCUGUGGCAAGACAUGCUUGCUCAUCGUCUUUCACAAGGGCGAGUUUCCAGAGGAUUACAUCCCCACUGUGUUUGAAAACUAUGUUGCCGACGUCGAAGUCGAUGGCAAACGCGUCGAGCUCGCGCUGUGGGAUACCGCCGGACAGGAAGACUAUGACCGUCUUCGUCCACUCUCAUAUCCAGACUCGCACGUCAUCCUAAUCUGUUUCUCCAUUGACCAGCCCGACUCGCUCGACAAUGUCCAAGAAAAUCCCCUAUUUGCUCAUCGGCUGCAAAAAGGACUUGAGAAACGAUCGCCAGACACUGAUACGCUCCAGCGCGCUGGUCAGAGGCCCGUCACCCCCGAACAAGGACAGGCUGUCGCUCAAAAAGUCGGGGCGAGGAUGUACUUGGAGUGCUCAGCGAGGACGGGUGAAGGUGUUAGAGAGGUGUUCCAGUAUGCGACGCGUACUGCCCUCUUGAAGUUCACAAAGCCAAAGCCCAGCGCCUGCGUCAGCUUGUAA